AUGAUGAUUGAUUUCUUAUACUGGACAAAUUACAAAUUGCGUAUUUUAUCCAACGUCGUCUUUGGCCAUAUCUUUGAACCUAGCCUUGAUAUUGUCUUGGUGACAGGCGGUACUUCUGGUUUAGGUAAGGAAAUUGUGAGGCUACUUGCCGAGAAAGGCGCCAAAGUCGUGGUACUAGAUAUCAAUCUUCCCCAAAAUGAUACAGAAAAGAUUCCUAAAGUGAAUUACUUUAAAUGUGAUGUCAGUGAUAGAGAGCAAGUGUUGAAAGUGCAGAAAAGAGUGCAAAGUACAAUAGGUGUAGUAACAGUUCUCAUCAAUAAUGCUGGGAUCACCACUGGUAAAACAGUGUUGGACCUCACGUUCGAAGAAAUAGAACAAACAAUUCAGACUAAUUUAAUCUCUAGCUUUUACACUAUUAAAGCAUACCUACCAAGUAUGAUGCUCAAGAAAAGAGGAUAUAUAGUAACCAUUGCUUCCAUAUUGGGGUAUAUAUCACCUGCUCGAUUGAGUGCUUAUGGGGCAUCAAAAUCAGGAUUGAUUGCAUUACACGAGUCGCUCACUUAUGAGUUGGGUCCACCCUCGUUGAACCCUCAUGGGGUAAAAACGCUAUUGGUGUGCCCCGGUCAGUUAAAGACAGGGUUGUUUACUGGAGUAAAAACACCGUCAACUAUUCUAGCACCAGAGUUGGAUCCUAAAUUUGUUGCUUCACGUGUAGUUCGUGCUAUAGAAGAAGGAAGACGCGGCGAAAUCAAAUUGCCUAUGUACGGCAAACUUGUGCCUGUUUUCAGGGCCCUUCCAUGGCCAGUUGUAGAAAUUGCCAGAGCCGUAUCUGGCAUAGAUCGCAGUAUGCUUGGGUUUAGGAACAAGAUUGCUAUAGUGGCAAGCAGUGUCUCGUCUAUAGCAAGCACUUCCGUGCAUGCGUCUGCUAUUAGUACUGCAAUUCUUUCUUCUCCAGCAGCAUCAGUAAGAACCACCACAGAAGCAUUUACAUCACCCAAUACUGCCAACAAUGCUAACACUACAAGAAGCUAA